AUGAUGCGCCCUGACUACCAGGGGCAGAUGCUCAAUGCAGGAGCUCUUGGUGGUCAUUGCACUCCCACAGGGGGAGCAUCACUCAGCCAGAAGCUGGGCUCAGGGCUGGUGAGUGCAGCGGUGGAGGCGGGAGCUUUUCUCACCUCCAAAGCAGUACUAAGAACGCCUUGGGGGAUGUCCGCCUGCCAGCUUAGGCCCACUCCCCUAAGUUCUAUUACACUUAAACCAGCAGGGAGACAUCCCCCAGGUUUUCCAGACUGCGAGAGGGUGCAGGCUGGGCUGAGGGACCCCCCGCCAGUGCACGAAUGGCAUGCACUGGACCUCUAG